CAUAGUCUAAUCAUUCCUCCCUCUCCUCUCUCUCUCUACCUUAUUUUUUAUGGGCUGAGGGGAGAACUCAAUACUGCUUUCCUCUCUGUCACCUUGGCUUCCCCUGGAGAGAGACUUCUCUCUUCCUUCGGCGUGCAUGGAGAUCUCUAAUGCUCGCCAUCAGCUCUUGUAGAUAAAGUUGCAGCGCAGCAUGUGGGCUUGUUUCCAAGGACAGAAUAAUUCAUGACUCGGUUUUCUAAAUGCAUGAUGCAGAAAACUACAAGUACAGAGAAGGGAAUAAAGGAAAUAAUAUAUUCACAUGGCAAUGGGCAGCCGUGGGCUGGAGGAAGUCGUGGCAUGUCCCAAGACCCAGCAGCAGCAGCAGCAGCAGGAUAGGAAGGCAAGGCCUCAUCCGGAACACGCCCUGCAGUGCCCCAGGUGCGCCUCCACCAACACCAAGUUCUGCUACUACAACAACUACAGCCUUUCCCAGCCCAGAUACUUCUGCAAGGGAUGCAGGAGGUAUUGGACUCAGGGAGGCUCCCUCAGGAAUGUUCCAGUGGGAGGUGGCUGCAGGAAGACCAAGAGAUCCUCCUCCUCUUCAUCCAAGAAGGCAGCCCCAUUCCUCGUCCCUCCACCCCUUUCACAUGAUCCGAGUGACGACCUCACGAGUCUUCAAAAGCCACUGCCGAUGAAGCAGUUUGGUUCGGAUCAUGAGAAUGGCCAUAACUUUCUCGUAGGGAACACAAACACCGACCCGUUUUCUUUCCUCGUAAACGAUUCUGACCCAAUGCCAUCUGCUCCAACCCCAACGAAAGGCUUCCUCGACUACCUAAGAAAUGGCUUGGUCGACAUCUCAAGCCCGAGCAGCUUUAGCAACAUCGACUAUGACUACGGCCUUGGAACCAGUGGCAGCUGGGGGAUGCCAACCGGUGCAGGGCUGAGUGGUGCAACGGCAGGCACGACGACUUGCCAAGGGUCAUGCAAACCUAUGGACGGAGGGGAUGGCCACGUAGAGAUGAGUCUUCUAUGGCAGGAUGGAUCCAUGGAUUCAGAAAGAGAUUACUGCUGGAACGGCGUCGGUCCUUCUUGGCAGGGACUAAUCAAUAGCUCCUUGCUGUAAGGUGCAAUAUUUAUGGAUAGCUGUUGUAUUUUUGUCCUGCAAGCUGUUCGACUCUCUCAUGUAUCUUCCCAUCUCCUCUCUCGUUUCCCUUGAUAUUAUUUUAUGGGAGUGGUGACCUCAAAACUAUAUGGAGAUCGGUUUGCAGUCA